CUUCCUUUCUAUCUAAACCCUGUCAAACACCCUGCAGGAGUUUGAAGAAGCUUUAUAGAUGAGUUGAGAGUUGAGGCCCAGCUACAGAAACAAACUCAGAGACUGAAACUUUUCAGGCGGUUCCAAUUGAUUCCCAGAAACAAUGUCUUGUAGCUCAGUUUCUUCCUUCACUUCUUCUCUCUUUGUCCCUCCAAAGAAAUCAUCUUUUUCCAAUCACAAGCCCAGAUUCAUCCACUGUUCCCUUGGAGGGACCGUAGUAGGACCAAAAGCUACUGCCACUGCUGAACCCCUUUUGCUCAAUGCUGUUCGAGGGCAAGAUGUUGAACGACCACCAGUUUGGCUUAUGAGGCAAGCAGGGAGGUACAUGAAGAGCUACCAAAUUAUCUGUGAAAAGUAUCCAUCCUUUCGUGAAAGAUCGGAAAAUGUUGAUCUUGUUGUUGAGAUUUCACUGCAGCCAUGGAAUGUUUUCAAGCCUGAUGGGGUGAUUUUAUUCUCAGACAUUCUUACUCCUCUCUCUGGGAUGAACAUACCUUUCGACAUUGUGAAAGGUAAGGGUCCGGUUAUCUUUGAUCCUCUAGGCAGUGCUGCUGAUGUUGAUAAAGUGAGAGAAUUCAAUCCUGAGGAGUCAGUUCCAUAUGUUGGUGAAGCAUUGACAAUCUUGCGAAGAGAGGUAGAUAACAAAGCUGCUGUUCUGGGUUUUGUUGGUGCUCCCUUCACUCUAGCAUCAUAUGUGGUUGAAGGUGGUUCAUCAAAGAACUUCACCAAAAUAAAAAGAUUGGCUUUCUCUCAACCCAAGGUACUUCAUUCUUUGCUUCAGAAAUUUGCAACCUCCAUGGCGAACUACAUUCGAUACCAAGCUGACAAUGGAGCUCAAGCGGUUCAAAUUUUUGACUCUUGGGCAACAGAGCUCAGUCCAGUGGAUUUUGAGGAGUUCAGCCUGCCCUAUUUGAAGCAAAUUGUAGACUCUGUAAAACAAACCCAUCCAGGUCUUCCUUUAAUCCUUUACGCAAGUGGAUCUGGGGGCUUGUUAGAGAGGCUAGCUUUAACAGGUGUGGAUGUAGUUAGCUUAGAUUGGACUGUUGACAUGGCAGAAGGUAGAAAGCGACUAGGACAUGAUAUUGCUGUCCAGGGAAACGUUGAUCCUGGUGUCCUUUUUGGCUCGAAGGAGUUCAUCACCAAUCGGAUAAAUGAUACCGUGAGAAAAGCUGGUAAAGGGAAACAUGUAUUGAAUCUAGGUCAUGGGAUUAAAGUAGGUACACCUGAGGAAAAUGUUGCCCAUUUCUUCGAGGUUGCUAAGGCAAUCAGAUACUGAAAACGAUACGGAAUUAACUAAUUUCCUGCUGAAUAGAGUUAAUGUAUCUUUAGGUUCUUUUUCC